CCUGUGUUGUUGUUAUUUUUCAAAAGCUGGACAAGAAACACACUGAAUACGAGUUUAGUGGCCGUGUGGCCGAGAUAUGUGAGAGUGAUUGCGUCUAGAAGCUCAUCGGGUCAGUUACAAUGGCGAGGCUGCCGGCUUCCACUCAGGCUCAUGAUUCGGCCCAGUUUCUCGCAAGGCAGAUUAUACUACAGAGGGCUAUGACAGAUAUCAACAGCUUUUUGGUGACAUUUGGACAGGAAGACGAGAAGAGUAUCAGUGGCGCACAGCAUAGCCCCUUUCUGAACAUUGAAAAGAACCAUAUAGACCUUCUCGACAACCUAAGGAAACCGUCUAUCAUGCCCGUCGGCCUCAUCGCAAGUCUCGAACUGGAUGUUUGAAUUGCAAGAAAAGGAGAGUCAAGUGUGAUGAGACGAAACCAAAUUGUCAAAGAUGUGUGAUGUAUGGGGUAAGCUGUGAUUACUCCGCAUUAGCAGUCCAGCGGCAUCAACCGAUAACGCACGGGGAAUCUUAUCAAAUGGCCGCUGGCACCUAUAUUCCGCCUUCAUCGGUGCAGUUCUCGAUGUCUGUGGACGACUUAGCUGAUAAAAUCAAUCGGGUCCUGCAACUGGAUACGUCCACUGAUAAGGCCUUUCUCCCGGUGAUGAAGUCAAUAAGCCAUAGAACCGUAGAGUUUUUUCAUCAUUUUAUAACUAUGGCCGCGCAUGCAUCUUCCUUGUCAGAUGCUCAUCGGGUAGUCAUGAGCGGUAAAAUGAUGCAAUUGGCUUUUCAGAACCCAUACCUCAUGCACGCCGUUUUUGGUGUCGCAGUAACACACCUCCGCCAUUUGCUGCCUCAUGACAAAUCAUUUGAUAUAGCCGCAGCAAUCCAUUGGGAGAAUGCGUUAAAAUUGUACCGCAAGGAAAUUUCAAAGCCGAUCGACGAGCACAAUAUGGACCCUCUUAUGUCAACUUGCAUGUUAUUGGGUACCAUUAUUUUCAGGUCAGAGGAGUGUAAACCUGCUAAUUCUUGGAUAUUUUCAUCGGACCCUACGAGACUCUCCUGGCUGUUAGGCCAAUCUGGGCUUCGAUAUAUCCUCGAAGCCAUCUCCAUACAGCAAUUGCAACAAAGCAUUUGGUUCGAAGCCUUCAUGGAAUCCGAUGAUGAGAAUCACAGCUUUAACAAUAACUCUCCCGGCCGGGAGGGAUUGCAUCCAGAACUUGCAGAUCUAUGUGAGAUCGACGAAACGACCACGGAAGAAUCCAACCCAUAUCACUGGCCCCUUCGAAUGCUCAGCCCCAUGUUGCCUCUCAAAGCCGACAGAAACAAUUUUGGGAAGCUAAUAACCUUCAUUGGAAGACUCGAACCCGUCUACACCAAGCUCCUACAGGAGAAGGACCCCAGAGCACUCCUCAUACUAAGCCAUUGGCUUGGGAAAAUGUGCGAGGAGGAUCAAUGGUGGAUAUAUCACAGGGUUUCUUCGGAAUGUUUCGCAAUUUGCAUGUUCCUCGAACACAACGAAGACCCUCGAAUUGUGAACUUGCUCCAAUAUCCUGCGGAGAAAUGCGGAUAUGUUUUGGAUCAUGUUCUCAAAGAGAUGAUCGUGCAAGAUAGUGACAACCUCGUUUAUCUCCCCUGAAACAGCGUCAGGUACUGGCUGUGAUGGGAAUUACUUUAGGGGCAAGUUAAGAAGAUCCUUUCGCGCAUCCAGGUAGUCUAAUGUACCCUAGUCCGCAGUAAUUUAGUUCGAUACCCGGGCAUAUAUUACAAUCAUAUACUUUCACAGAAACCUACAAUGAUUGACCCUGAAAUUUCUAGAAAGUAAUUGUCUAGUUCUAGCUUCUGAAUUCGGUUUAACUCUGUGGCAUCGGAAUGGUUUGGGCUAGUAAUAGUUUCAAGAGGACGAUUCUAGGUCACAUUGUCAAUGGAAUGUACCUACAAUCUGUAAGCGAUGGGUGGUUAAAAAACGUCUUGUCUGAGCUGAAAAUGUCCGUAAUACGGGGGUUGUUCAAACUAAAUAGCUAAUGACCAUAAAAGCCCACUUCCCUUCUCUCUUCUCUUUGAGUAUUUCACUCACCCAUUCCAAUUUACCCCCAGCAACGCCCCUCGAGCUUUCAGCUUACAAAACCACAGCUCCUCCUCUGCAAACAUCCAGAUCCCUUCCUCAUCAAAGCAAAAAUUCGCCGUAGUUCCCCCAACAACGAUCUUCCCCACCAAACUCCCCUCAGUGUCCCACACAUGCACACCAUCGCCACACCCGGAAUAUACAUACCCCUUUUCAUCACACUUAAUCCCAUCCGGCACCCCAUUGUCACAAAAGGCAAACAGUCGCCGAUUCGCCAAUCGCGUCCCCGACUCAACCACAUCAUAAACGUAAAUGGAAGCCGGCAAUGUCCCCCGGACUGAGAAAUUAUGUCCAUCCCGUAUAUCUCCAUGACUCUGUAUCGAGCCUGUAUCCGUAAUAUACAUGAGGGUGUAGUCUGGGCUGAAACAGAGGCCAUUGCACAUAUCGAACCCAUCCGCGACGGCCCAGCAUUGGCCCGUUGAGGGACGGAAGCGGUAGACCUGUUUGGGCAGUACGGGUGGCGGGCGGAAUGCCUGCUCAUACCCGUAUGUCGGGUCCG